AUGUCUCUGCCCAGCGCCACUUCAAAGUCGCUCACACUCGCCAAAGCCACCAAACAUGAGAGAGUCUACGUCUGGACUCGCCACCAGCCGGUCUGGGGCCGCAGACUAACGGCCCAAGCCUACGUCGACAGAGAAGAGCAUCUCCUCACCUGCCAACUGACCAAAGACGGCGGUCUCACCUCCUGGAUUCUCACAGAUCCCACCAGCACCGACGCCCACGGCGCCCCGAGCGGCCGUCCCAUCCUCUCCGCCGCGGAAACAUACCGCAAGCGAGCCAUCGUUCGCGACCCAGGCGGCACCGUCCGGGACGUGACUGCCUACGGCAUCGCCAGCGUCUUCACCCUCGACGAGUUUCGCCGCCAGGGCUACGCCGGCCGAAUGUUCGCCCUGCUCGGCGAGACCCUCGCCGGGUGGCAGGCCGGGAAGCCCGGCAGCGCCGAGUUCUCCAUCCUCUUCUCGGACAUCGGCAAGGACUUUUACGCCAAUCACCAGUGGAUGCCGUUUCGAAGCGUACACAUGACGUUUCCCACCACGCCGUUUACCACCCGGUACGACGACCAGCUCACCCUCAUAACAGGGGACAAUUUGCAGGCAAUUGCCCGGCUAGACGAGCAGACUCUCCGCAGGAAGAUUGCCGAUCCUCCCAGCCGAGGAUAUAAAAGGAGGGUAGCGAUCCUGCCUGAUUUUGCCACAUACGAGUGGCAUGUAGCCAGGGAGAGGUUCAUGUGCGACUACAUGCUGGGCAAGGCGCCGACCGUUCAUGGAGCCAUUUACACGCCCGCGGAUGCGCCCGAUUCCCGAGUCUGGAUGCUGUGGUCCAACAUCCUGUAUGGGGGCAAGGAAAAGCCGCAAGAUAAUGUCAUGAAUAUUCUCCAUUAUGCCUGGGAGAACGAGAAUAUGUCGGAUGAGGACUUGUCAAGGGCAUUGGGUGCCAUCAUGGGUCUUGUUCAUACCAAAGCCCAGGACUGGCUUUGCUCCAGGGUGGACAUGUGGAAUCCGGAUGAGCGGACGCAAAGACUGCUGGAAAAUAUGACUCGCCUUCAGGGCAAGCUGAUUGUUCGGGAAAAAACAAACAUUCCAAGCCUCAGAUGGUUCGGUCAAGGUCCAGUGUCGGAGGUCGAGUGGGUUGACAAUGAGAAGUUUGAGUGGUGUUAA